AUUUAAAAACGCUUUUCUUUCAACAUAUUCUUGACUUAUAAUGGCUAUAAAAGACGGUUUUUAUCAAAAAAAAAGAAUACCAUCAUCACCUUCUGGGGACUCUAACAAUGACGACCUAUUUUCGUUUGAGACAAUGAUUACAGAAUUUAAAAACAAAUCUCAUGAAAGAAGAAAAAGAAAACAUAAUGAAAUUCAAUCAAUAUAUUUAAAAAAUAUGAAUUCCAUUGAGCAGAAAUUGAAAUCUAUUUUAACAAAAAAUAAAACCAAAAUAGCUAAACAAAACUCCAGAAAAAUAGAACAAUUAAAACAUCUUCUUAAACUUAAAGAAGAGAAUGAAGAAAUGCUUUUAAAAGAAGUAGAAGCAGUAGAGAUAAUUUUCAAUAAUGUGAAAGAAAGCUUAUCAACAAACUUUGAAAAAUCUACAUAAUAUAACUAAUUUUUAAAUAUAAUUAGAAUACAACUAUAUAAUAAUA